UUGCUAUUUCCCCCUCCGUCCUACUGGGGUCGCUGCGACUUGAUGGUAACUAUUUCAGUUGUUCAUCGUGCACUACAGACGCAGUGCUCUACGUCACUGUGGUAUAGGAACUGUCAUGGCGGCUGUCUUCAGGAGAAGUUUAGGAGCUGUGGUCAAGGACCUUUACAGCCUUCAAUGGCAGCAGCUGGCCUCUCGACCUCUGAGUUUAUCUGCUAAUGUUUGUGGCCCAGAGGCGGCGCCGGCCCGUGCAGAUGCCACCUUCAAGGUAACGAUGGUGCCAGGGGAUGGAGUAGGACCUGAGCUGAUGACUGCUGUUAAGGAAGUCUUUAAGGCAGGAGAUGUCCCAGUGGAAUUUGAGGAGUUCCACCUGAGUGAGGUGCAGAACAUGGCCACUGAAGAGAAACUGGAUGAGGUGUUGAAUUCUAUGAAAACCAAUAGAGUGGCAAUGAAAGGAAAAAUCCACACACCCAUGGAGUUCAAAGGGGAACUGGCUUCAUUUGAAAUGAGAUUAAGGCGUAAACUGGACUUGUUUGCUAAUGUGGUCCACGUGAACAGCCUUCCAGGCUACAGCACUCGGCACAACAAUCUGGACCUUGUCAUCAUCCGUGAACAGACUGAGGGAGAGUACAGCUCUUUGGAACAUGAGAGUGUGACAGGUGUGAUUGAAUGUUUGAAAAUCAUCACGAGAGUGAAGUCACGGCGAAUUGCCAAGUUUGCCUUUGAUUACGCCACUAAGAAGGGACGGAACAAGGUCACUGCUGUUCACAAAGCCAACAUCAUGAAAUUAGGUGAUGGCCUGUUUCUGCAGAGCUGUGCAGAGAUAGCACAGCUGUACCCGAAAAUCAAAUAUGAGACCAUAAUUAUUGAUAACUGCUGUAUGCAGUUGGUGCAGAACCCCUAUCAGUUUGAUGUGCUGGUGAUGCCAAACCUGUACGGUAACAUCAUUGAUAACUUGGCAGCGGGACUGGUCGGAGGAGCGGGGGUUGUUCCGGGUGAAAGCUACAGUGCAGAGUAUGCAGUAUUUGAGACGGGUGCACGGCACCCCUUUGCACAAGCUGUAGGAAGAAACAUUGCCAACCCCACAGCUAUGCUGCUCAGUGCAGCCAACAUGCUCAGACACCUCAGUCUAGAAUAUCACUCCCAAAUGGUGUCAGAUGCAGUGAAGAGGGUGAUCAAGCAAGGCAAGGUACGGACACGAGACCUUGGCGGUUAUUCUACCACUGGUGACUUUGUGCGUGCUGUUGUGGAAAACCUGCGUCAUCGAUCUGUUUACUAAGAUGUUGCGUCACAUCCCCCUCUCUGUACUGCGUUCUACCCUAAUAAUCCUGUCAUUGUGGAACAGGAACUAAAGUCAUGUUUAUGAGAGGUCAGGUUUUAUGGACUGUGAUGUGUGUCCACUCCUGCAGAGCUUAGAGAUAAAAUGUUGGGGUUUAAAGGUAUUUUUCACCAAUAAAAAGGCUGUUGUAACUGUUACCAGGUUUAAGGUGUUACCUGACAAGGAUCACUCAAUGUAUGUCAAAUAGUAAAGACAUUAAAAACAUUGACCUUACUGAUUGGAGUUGAUCAACAAUGCUGUUGUGAUGUGUCGUAGCUUGUUUGUCUACAACUAGCUUAGAAGUGAAAGCUGUUUGUGAAUUUCAGAUUACAGUUGGAAACGUUGAGUAUUAAAGAGGUUUAGAGGCAAAUAGUUUGAAAGAUGGUGUAGACGUCAGAAACAGAAGAUUUCAUAGGUGACACUGGCCCCUGUCUGACUGUCUUCUCACAGCACAGCCGGUGCUAAAAGUGUGGGAGCGUCUACCAAAGAUUUCUGCCGUUAAGCUGCUGUUGAUCACACAUUAUAAACUACCUCUUGGCGUCAGUGCAAGAACAAGUACCAGCAAUUGCUUCCAUUGCCAACCACAGGAACUAUAUGGAAAUAACCAAACUGUUUUUCAACCUUGUCUCAAGACACAGAAAUGUUGAGUAUGGCUGUGUGUAGUGUAGGAUAUUGGAUGGACUUGUGGUUAGCGCUCGAUCUGGGUAGUUUUUUUGUCUAGGUAUAAUCAUGUAGAUUUGGUAUAAAUCUCCCAUGACUAUGACUAUUUGUGUGAAUGGUUGUUCGUCUCUGCAUGUAGUUCUGUGAUGAAAAGUCGUACUGUCUGGGGUGCAAUCUACCUUCACCUACUGACCUUUGGGACCUUUGGGAUUGUUCCCAUCUCCCUUUGGGACACUGAACAGCAUAAAAUGGUAGAAGGUGAACAGGAUAAAAGUGGACAUUUCAGGGAGGAACCUACUGUGCAGAGUAUGGUUGUGGUGCCAUUAAAAAAAAUUAAUUAAAGUAUAAGGUUUUUUCAUUUGUGUACUCGUCAAACUGGCGUAACUUUGUGAGAAAUAUCAUAUGCAGUGUUGGCGCAAGGUCAACCCAAAACACAGUGAGGACAAUGUUGGACAUAACAGAAGAACAGCCAAAACGAAACACUUAUAUUCUGUAUUAAAUGAAAGGUCUUCAAGCUAACACUUUUUUUAAAAAAUCCAACUUUCUGCACAGUGAACACAGCCAGCUGAACAGAAAGUGAGCAGAGCUUUUACACCAAUAGUACAUUUCAGUUGCUGCUUUUCAGUCACUAAUCUAAACAGAGUAGCACAUAUUGGUAUGGGUGCGUCCCGGGUCCUUCUUCUUUCACGGUGUGCUCACACUGACAGCAGCUCAGUACUGAAAGCUUUAGAAUACAUGCAGUACAUAGGAAGUCGACAUUAUUUAGUUCUUCUAAUGGAUAAUAUGAACAAACACUAAAAUUUCUGAUUUAUUAGUUAAGUGUUUUCCAAUGUGAGGUGUGAAUGGUGGUUUUGUUGUUACUAUUUACCCUCACCAGUGUCACGACUGAUUUGUUUUACCCCAUGUUGUUCUUAAAUCGUAUUCUGCAAAUACAUGGUACUUGCAAUUUAAGUAUCACCUGUUUAAAUAAAUGACUUUUGAACAUA